UUGUAUAGCAGGGAAAGAAGAAAGGACAGAAAAGUGGUCGAAAUAAAAAAGCUAACAAAAACAAAAAUACCCAGAGGAAAAACAACAAAAAGUCGAAUGUCCCCAAUACGGGUAAUGACUUGUCUGCUAAGAUUUACGCCACCAUGGAGAAACACAAGGAGGUAUUCUUUGUAAUCCGGCUUCAUUCGGCUCAAGCAGCUGCCAGUUUGCCACCUAUCCAAGAUCCGGAUCCCAUGAUCAACUGUGAUUUGAUGGAUGGAAGAGAUGCAUUUUUAACUUCGGCACGAGAGAAACAUCACGAAUUUUCUUCGUUACGACGUGCCAAGUACUCGACCAUGGCCAUGUUGUACGAGUUACACAACCAAGGACAAGAUCGAUUUGUGUACACCUGUAACAGUUGCAAAGCUCACGUGGAGACCAGAUACCACUGUACUGUUUGUGAUGACUUUGAUCUCUGUAUACCCUGUUUCAAAAAAGAAGGCCAUCCUCACAAAAUGGAGAAACUUGGUUUUGACCUGGAUGAUGGUUCUGCCGCUUCUGAUCAGAAACAGGCUAACCCACAAGAAUCUCGUUGGCAGUCUAUCCAGAGGUGCAUCCAGUCCCUUCUUCAUGCUUGUCAGUGCCGUGACGCCAAUUGUCGCCUACCCAGCUGUCAGAAGAUGAAACGUAUCGUGCAACAUUCAAAGAUCUGCAAACGCAAAAAUGGCGGCUGUCCCGUUUGUAAACAGCUUAUAACGUUGUGUUACUACCACGCAAGACAUUGUCAGGAAGCAAAGUGUCUGGUUCCUUUCUGUCUGAACAUUAAACACAAGCUUCGCCAGCAACAGCUACAGCAAAGAGUACAGCAAGCCCAAAUUCUCCGUCGACGAAUAGCGAGUAUGGCCACGAUGCAAAAUCGACCAGUGGCAGGUCAGCUUCCCCAGCCCAGCUCAUCGUCUAGUGAACCGUCAUCAGAAGCCUCGACACCGAGCCACGUACAUCCGCCGGGUGUCGGGUUAAAGCCAACAACAACGGGUCCUCCAGCAGGUGCUCUUCAAGCUGUCCAAGCAGUUCAGGCUGCAGCAGCAAGACAGCAGACCCCACACUUGGUCGGUGCCGGAGCUUACCAAAAAGGUGGCCCCAUGACUCCAUCUCCCACAAAUGGAAAUACUUUGAUGACCAACACUCAAGGUCAGCCUCAGAUGGUACAGCUGACCCAAAGUAGGUUAGUUGGAUUAAACAACAACAAUCGGUGGGAUGGACCUCAACCUACUUAUGCUCAACAAGUUCCACCACAGCAGACUCAAAUGGGCGACCAGCAGCUGGGGAUACAGCAACCAGCACAGAUGAUGGGGUCGGCUCCCGGAAACCCUUCGGUCACCAUGGGUCCCCCGGGCAUGCAGCGUAAUGCUCACGUACCUCAGGGAUUGCCCCAGUUAUUGCAGAUGUUACGCCUCCCUUCUUCUCCUCAGCAGCAUCAAAAAGUAUUACAGAUGUUAAAGACAAACCCUCAGCUCAUGGCUUACUUCAUUAAACAUAGGAAUGCGCAGCAACAGCAGCAGCAACAUCAACAGCAACAACAUCAGCAGCAGCAACAACAACAUCAACAGCAGCAACAACAACAACAAAUGAUGGUCACUGGACAAACAAGCGGUGCACAACCGGGUAUUUCUGGGCAGCUUACCCCUCAUCAGCAACAACAGUGGUUUCAGAAACAGCAGUUGUUAGCAAUGCAACGACAGCAACAGCGUUUUCCACAGCCUCCAAUGUACACCCCACGAGCACGUCCGCCACUACCCAUGAAUUUUAACCCUCACCAACAGAACUUUCAUCCCGACAGUGGGGGCCAGUAUCCUUCCUAUCAACAACAGCAGCUUCUAAUGCAGUCUCAACAAUUAAAACAGCAAAUUGCUUCCCCAAAUCACCCUCCCAUGAGCCCUCAGCAAGGUCUGAUGGGACAUUCCCAGACGGUUGCUGCCGUUGCCUCAUCCCAACAACUAAUGCGUUCUCCACCUGCCGUAAGGUCACCGCAACCUAUUCCUUCUCCUCGCCAGCAACAUGCAAUGUCUCCUCACCACCCAUCACAGACUCACUCUCCUCACCCAGCCCUGACCAUGGCAGGUGCUGCACAAGCUUAUGACCAGAUGGUUUCCACCAAUGACAUGAUGCUUACUCAGCUGUCAAACCCUAACUCGUCCCAUGUCGGCAUGGUAAGCCAGCUCCAGAACACCGUGAAUCCAGAACCUAGCCUUUCUAGAGAUGACAUGACUCCCCAGGAGCAGCUGAAUAAAUUUGUAGAAAACCUGUAGCCCUGGGGAUGUUUAUAUGUUUGUGUGUGUGUGUGUAUGUAAUAUAAGAACUCUAUUUUGGACUUGCCAUGGAUACUUUGUGACAAAAAAUGACUAUGUUUUUGAUUUAAAUUUAGUGUUUUAAUAUUUUAUACUUAGGUUAUAAGUAAUAAAAAGCUGGAGAUUGUCAGAGGAGAAUAAUGCAGUAUUCUAUUAAAACUUCUUUCAAGAAAAGGUUGUUUUAUUGACGUCAAAGGUAAGAGCCUUCUCUACAAGUCUUGUUUAAGUGGGAUGUACAGGUAGAACAAAAUCUUAAUAUUAAGUUUAGAGAUGAGCAGUGUUUGAAUUCUUUUUGUUGUUUUUCUUUUUUUU